AUGAUGGACGACCCGGCGUCGGACGAGGACGACCGCGCGGAGUGCGCGGCCGCGAUCAUGGUGUGCCUGGACGCGGAGACUCUGAGGAAGAUGUCGCGGGAAUUCAUCGACGUCGGCGCGGAGCCGGACGUCGGGGAUUUGCAGCGGGAGAGUUUAUACGCGUUGCACACGAUGUUUAAGAGAGCCGCGCGAGUCGCGAAGGCGGCGGCGGAGGAGAAGGCUGCGGGAGGGAGCGCCGUCGUCGCGGAGGGGGUGGUGGAGAAGAAGCAGAAGAACAAGGUCGUCGCGAUGGAGGAAUCCGAGGAGGAGGAGGAGGAGUCCGAGGCGUCCGAGGAGGAGGAGGAUGCGUCCGAGGAGGAGGAGGAGGAGGAGUCCGAGGAGGAGGCGGCGGCGGAGGCGGAGGCGGACGACAGCUUCCACACCGCCGACGGAGAGGACGACGACGAGGAAGACGACGAGGAGGACGAUGACGACGACGACGAGAUGGACGAGGACGACGAGGAAGAAGAACCCGAAAGUGCCCCGUCCACGCGUCGACUCGGAGCGAAAGACGACGACGAAGACGCCACGGACGACUCCGACUCGGACUCGGACUCGGAAGAAGAAGAAGAAGAAGAGCUCGACGAGUUCGAAGAAGCGGACGAGUUCGAGGACGACGGCAUGGACGUCGACGUCGGCGAGGAGGUUGAGGACGAGGAGGAGGAGGAGGAGGAGGAGGACGACGACGACUCCGAGGAGGACUCCAUGGACGACACCUCGGACCAGGACGAGUCGAGCGAGGAGGAGUCGGAGGGCGACGUCAGCGGAAGCGAAUCCGACGGCGACGGCGGAGAAGCCGCGAUCGCCGCCGCGACCGCCGCCGCGGAGAGAAAGGCGCUGCGCAAGGCUGAGCGCUGGGCUGCCGCCGUCGGAUCCCCCGCGCCGGCGUCGAACUCGAAGCACGGCCACGGCGGCGGCGGCGGCGCGUCGGCGCUCGCCCGAAGAGCCGUCGGCGCCGUCGGCGGCUUGUUCGGCGGCGGGUCCGUGUCCGGGUCGGCCGCGGCGAUGGCGUCGCCGUCGCCGUCCAAGCGCGUGGCGUGGAACUUGAAGCGGAACACGCGGCACACGCCCACGGGGCCGCCGAACCCGGUCAAGGGCGCGAGCUUGAGAUCGCUGCUGUCGUCGACGCCGAAGAAGGGUCUGCUGCGGCCGAUUCACGCCGCCGCCGCCGCGGGAAUGGCGGCGCGCGCGGCGCCGGGGAGCGCGCCCGCGAAGAGCGCGAGAGGGAACGGCGGGCUCGGGGGGGGUAAGCAGGGGAAGGGGGGCGGGAACCGCCGCAAGAGCGGGUUCUUUUGACCGCCGCGACGCGUAGUUAGUGUAACAGACGCUCGCGUUCGCCU